GCUAUAUUGAUUUAUUAAAAUAAAGUGACAACCAUGAGACAUAUAAUGUUUAUUAAGUAAAUAAAUGUGAAAAGUUUGUCAUUCUCAGUAAUUCUUCUUGAAGUAAAUAUCAAAGCGUUAAUAUUUGGUUGACUACGGUCAUAUAUACACACUACCAUCUUCGCAGACCAGCGUAUUGCAUGUAGGCAUCACUAUAUAUAAGGUUUGAUUUUGAGAAGAAAUAUAUUUAGCCGUGAUCGUGAAAGUGACAGCAACAUCAGAACUAAUGAUGGGUGCCUUCAUAUUUCAAUAUUUUACAGAAAUCAUUAAUGUUCAGUGCUUUUUAAUCGGAUUAGUUACUCUUCUCAUCGCACGAUGGUUUAUGGCACGAUCAAAAUGCACCUACAAUCUACCUCCGGGUCCAACAUCUUUUCCAAUAAUAGGAAAUUUACCUCAGAUAAUUACAGUCACAGAUCUUAGUGUGAAAAUGAAAGAACUUCGAAAACAAUAUGGAGGCAUUUUCAAAAUCGAUGUCGGUUUUGACACUAUGAUAAUGGUAUGUAAAACAGAAUGGAUUUUGGAAGGAUUGGUCAAGAAAGGAGAUCAACUAAAAGGAAGAUCCAAUUGGUUCUAUCUUUUUGAUAAAGUAUUUCAAAAGAAAGGCAUAUUCUUUGGCAUUGGAAAAGAAUGGAAAGAUGUAAAGAAGUUUACCGUUUCAGCGUUCCGAGAUUUAGGAGUGGGCAAGAGAAAACUAGAAGAACAGAUAUAUUUGGAAAUUCAGGAAUUGGGUAAAGCUUUUGCCUCCUAUAAUGGUAAACCGUUCUCCUUGAAAACACAAUUGGCACAGUUCACUUUGAGUAUUAUACAUCAUAUAAUAUUUGGUGAAAGGACCAAAUUUGGUGAUAUGGAGUUUCAGAAAAUCCUUGAUGACACUAAAUUCUUCUUCGAGAAUGUUAGCGCAUUUGUACCAGAGAAUUUCCUUCCAUUCCUGCGAUUUCUUCGAUGGAAAUCUCCUGUAGAACAACUUAUCCAGAACGACAAAGGUCUCCGAAAUUAUACAAAAGAGAAAAUCGCAGAACACAAAGAAACGUUUAAUGCUGAAAACAUAAGAGAUUUCGUUGAUUUGUACUUGCUGUCUCUUGAGAAGGAACCAAACAGCGAAACUUUAUCAGACUCAAACAUGUUCCGUGCAAUCAUCGAUAUGUUUACUGCAGGAACCGACACAAUUGCACUUUAUCUUACCUGGGCCUUUCUCUUUAUGGCCAAAUAUCCUGAUAUGCAGAACAGGUGUCGGGAAGAAAUUAAACAAGUCACAAAUAUGAGCAGGCCUGUCACAAUGGAAGACAAACGACACAUGACAUACGUUGCAGCAACUCUUCUAGAGGUCCACAGAAUUGCUCCCGUUGCUCCAAUAAGUGCUCCACAUGUCGCUGAAGUAGAUACAACUCUAGGAGGUUAUAAUAUCCCCAAAAAUACUGUUGUUUCGUUCAUACUAAAAGAUGCUCUUCAUGAUCCAAACCAUUGGGAUAAUCCGGAGGAAUUUUGCCCUGAAAGAUGGAUUGAAAAAAAUGAGAUAAAGAAAACUGAGGCUUUUGUUCCUUUCUCAGCGGGUCCAAGAAUAUGUGCAGGAAUGUCAUUAACCAAUUUUGAAGCCUUCGUAGCUUUUACAAAUAUCUUACAAAAAUAUAAGAUGGAAAAACCUGACGAAACACCAAUGACAAUGGGAGGUAUACAAACAGGAAUUACUUAUAUUCCAGUGAGCGAUAAUAUCCGUGUUGUACCACUUUCAUCGUAUUUUGUAGAAGCUAUUAAUAUACAAAGUCUUCUGAUUGGAUUAGUCACUUUAUUGCUCGUACGAUGGCUUAUAACUAGAUCGAAAUAUAAUUACAAUUUACCUCCGGGUCCAAUAGCUUUUCCAAUUAUUGGAAAUAUACCUCAGAUGGCUACAACCACAGAUAUUAAUUUAAAGAUGAAAGAUCUUCGAAAACAAUUUGGAGAUAUCUUCAGACUCAAAUUUGGUUCUGAAACCUUGGUGAUUGUAUGCAAAACAGAGUGGAUUUUAGAAGGAUUGGUAAAGAAAGGAGAUGAAUUGAAAGCAAGACCCCACUGGAUGUACGUACCGAAGAGAUUAGCCAAAAAUAAAGGAAUCUUCUUUAAUACAGGAAAAGAAUGGAAGGAAUUGAAAAAGUUUACUAUUUCAACACUGCGGGAUUUAGGAAUGGGUAAGAAAAAGAUCAGAUUUGGUGAACCUGAGUUUCAGGAAGUAGUUGACGACUUGAGAUUUAUCUUCAACAAUCUAAAUUCAUUUAUGCCAGAGAAUUUCUUUCCAUUUCUGAGAUUUUUCCAAUGGAAUUCUCUCCUAGAAAAAAUUAUCAAGACGAACAAUAAGAUCCGAAAUUAUGUAAAAGAGAAAAUCAGGGAACAUAAGGAAACAUACAAUGGUGACUACAUAAGAGAUUUCGUUGACGUCUACUUACUCACACUUGAGAAGGAACCAAACAAUGAAUCUUUAUCUGAAGAGAAUAUUUUCCAGGCGAUUAUGGAUCUUUUUACGGCUGGAACAGACACAACAUCUACCGUUCUUAACUGGGCUUUUAUCCAUAUGGCCAAAUAUCCUGACAUACAGGCCAAAUGUCGAGUAGAAAUCGAGAAGAUCACCGAUCUGAAUAGACCUGUCACUAUGGAAGACAAACGACACCUGACAUACGUUGCAGCGACUCUACUUGAAGUCCAGAGAAUUGCUCCUGUUGCUCCACUCACUGCUCCACAUGCCUCUACGGUAGACACAAAACUAGGAGGUUAUGAUAUUCCAAAAAAUACCAUUGUUCAAUUCCUUUUAAUGGAUGCUCAUUAUGAUCCGAAGUAUUGGGAUAAGCCAGAGGAAUUUCGACCUGAAAGAUGGAUUGAUGAAAAUAAUGAGUUAAAGAAAAAUGAGGCUUACAUGCCUUUCUCUUUGGGUCCCAGAAUAUGUGCGGGAGUAUCACUAGCCAAUAUUGAAACUUUCAUGGCAUUUUCAAAUAUCUUACAAAGAUUUAGGUUGGAAAGUCCUGACGAAACACCAAUGAUAAUGGAAGGCAAACAACCAGGAAUUAUUUACGUUCCAGUGAAUGAUAAUAUCCGUGCAAUACCACUGUGAGAUAUAUUUGCCUUAUAUAUUUGAGGGCACCACUUCACAGUACACUGGCUGUACAGUUGAAAGUAUAUCACUUUGAUGUAAAAAGAUAUCAAAUUCUAAUAGAAUACUGUUAAUUUUUAAACGGUAUUUAACGAAAUUACAUAAAUUUCAGUUCAUUAGUGGUAUUACAUUGCAGUAAUAUCUACCUAUAAACUUCAUAAAAUUUAGAGGAUAGAAAUAGACAAGACAAUAACUAGUCAUAUGAUAGUUGUAAUGUUUAACCUAAUCAAUAAAGCUCCAGUAUUGUAUUCUU